GGGGGGAAGAAAAAAAGUUUCGUUUAAACCUGGCAGAGAAACUUUCAACAUGAAGCCUCACUGACGCACCGUUUCACCACCACCACAGCAACACCAGCGCUAGAACAAAGCUUGCUUUUCCACUGAAUAUAUUUUUCUCCUCCCAGCUUGUGCUUUUCUUCCCUCUUGUAUUAUUCUCUGUGUGCAAGGCUGGUCGGGGCUUGCUGUCACUGCGCGCUGAGAUGUUGGAGUGACCAUGGCUGCGCAAGUUGCAUCGGCUCCGACCAGAACUAAUAACAAAAAUAAGAAAUUAUCCAGCGGUUUGGGUCCGGAGCUCAAUUCGGGGAAAUCCGGAGGAGGAGGAGGAGGAGGGACCGUACAGCGGACUGGACCGAUGCUGGGUGCCGGAGAUGGGACUCUGAAUAAUGUAGACCAUCACCGCCGAAACGAGCUCACCAUGGUUCAUUCAACUUCCACGACCCACAACGCGUCGGACGGCCACGACAAGGAUGGGAAUAACCUCACGUCCGCCUCGGCUUCGACUAAUUCAACCACUUCCUCGAUGGAAACGGGUUUGAUCGCAAACCACAAGCUGAAAUGUGUGGGGAGCGGAGAUCCCCCUCAGUCUCAACCGCCGCCGCAGCAGCUGCCGCCGCCGCAAUUCGGCCAAUUUGCGCCACAUCAGCAGCGACAGAUCCAAAGUAACAACACCGCCAACAACAACGGCCAGGGGCCCCGUGGGGACAGGGGUAUGGAUCACCAGCACCACGGCGGCAAAGAGAACCUGUUGGGGGGCCAGGGGGAGCCACAGCAGCAGCACAUGCCAGCAAAAGGUGAGGGGGACCUCACCUGUAAACCCGCGGAGAGGAUGAUGGGUACCAGGUAUGAACACACUAACUUGGGGCCAACUAGUAACAACUCUGAGUUUAAUAACAACUAUUACACUCCAAGGCCCUGUUAUGAGCAACAUGGCGGACAGCAGCAGCAGAGCAGUGGGAUGGGGAUAACGCACUCUUCGGCACAUAACAGCAUGGAGAACUCCCACGAAGCAGGGUACCACAACAGCCAGUACAAUCAGUACCCUGCGGCGUACCGAGCGGGCUACGGCGGCGGGGCCUACGGGAUGAUGGGCCCCUCUGGGUGCCGGCAACCUGGUAACAUGAUGAUGGGCAGCAACUCCUCAGCAAGCCACGGCAAGUCUCCCCUGGGAGCUGCUUCGGGUGGCUUUCAGAGGUUCCCGGGACAAACUCCUCAACAGCAGCAGCAGCAACAGCAGCAUCCCUCAGGGGCCACCCCGACACUCAACCAACUGCUGACGUCCCCAAGCCCCAUGAUGCGGGGCUACGGCGGUGCAUAUCAAGACUACAGCGGCUCCACGGCGCAGCAGCAAGCCGGCAUGGGCCUGGGGAAAGACGUGGGGCCCCAGUACGGAGCCACCUCCGCCCACGGCUGGGGAGGGCAGCAAAGAAAUCACCCGCAUUCACUGAGUCCAGGCAACGGAGGGCAAGGCCUCGGCAGGACGCAGGUGUCCUCCAUGGACUUCAUGGCUAUGAAGCGCUCGCAGCUGUACAGCAUGGCCAACAAUCCCUACUCCACCCCGCAGCAGCCAGGGGGCGGGCCUUACCCUCCUAGUCAGCCAUACACGUCGCCUCCUCCGCACAGAUAUCCAAUGAGCAUGCAGGGGAGGGGCCAAAUGGGCAUGGGCGGGAUGCAGUAUCCUCAACAGCAGCAGGUGGCGCCAUAUGGCCAGCAGGGGAUGGGGGGCUACACCCAGCAGCAGCCGCAGCAGCCGCAGCAGCAGCAGGGAAACCCUCCGUACUUCAGCCCCCCUCAGCAGACCCCACCAGGCCCGACCCAGAGCCCCUACCUGCAGCCUCGACCACCGCCACAACAGGAGGCCCAGCAGGAGACGUACAGCACCAGGGCUCCUGCCCCAGGGAACUCUGGGAAGGCCAACAAUGAGGAUGGAGUUCCCCAGGACCGCCCGUCCAGUCUGCCGCCUGCCAAGCUGCCGCACAGCCUCCCAUCCUCUGGGACAUGGGAGAGGAUGGCCAGCCAUGUGGAAAGACAGAGAGAGAGCUGGGGGUGGGAGGGUGAGGUGAGGAAGAGGAGGGGAGGGGGGGUUGAAGAGCAGGAUGAGAAAGAGAAUGAGUAA